AGCGGAGCAGCGGCCAUUGAAAUGAACGGCGCGGUAGCGGACACUGGCUCUGUUGAGAGGAGCAUCACGGUAACCCGAUUACUGUUUACUGUCGUUACAGUCUGGAAGUGAUUCGAUAGCAGCUGAUAUAAAGAGCAGUGACACCAGUGAGCACUAGACUGAUUCUCAUGCUUUCUCCCCUGAAAUAUCUGCUUCUGUCGCCAGUGCUGAAGAGAGUCAAUCAAUAACUGAGAAAUACAUAACAUGCAUAUGGUUGUUUUCUGCAAAUAAAGUCCCUAAACUCGACAGUUUCCAGCUGUAAAAAAUGACAGAUUCAAGUUACGCUGCUGAGAAGAUGGGGUUUGUUAAAGAGGAGAGUGAAGACGUGAGUGAUGAAGAAACACACAGAGAAGAAGAAGACGACACUGAAGAACAGAGAGAUCUGCUGGAAGUAAAGAUGGAAAGUGAAGAAGUGAAUGCAGUGGAGGAGGAUCAUCAGAAGAUCAUAACAGAAGAACAUUCACAGACUGAAGAUGAUUUCUCCCAGAAGAGAACAGGAGCCAAGAAAUCUCCGUUCAUCUGCCCUCAGUGCGGGAAGUGUUUCACGCUCAAAGUCAACCUCAACAGCCACAUCAGAAUCCACAGCGGAGAGCGAAGCUUCAGCUCGGAGAAGCCCUUCAGCUGCCCGCACUGCACCAAGAGCUUCACACGCAAGGAGAGCCUGGAGAACCACAUCAGGAUCCACACGGAGAGAAGCCCUUCACCUGCCUCCUGUGUGACAAGAGCUUCAUCCGCAAGGGACACUUCAAGAACCACAUGCGGAUUCACUCCGGAGAGGCCUUUCACGUGUCACGAGUGCGGGAAGAGCUUCACACAGGCGACGAUCCUCAGAAACCACCAGCACUCGCACUCUGGAGAACGACCCUUCGGCUGCGAUCGGUGCGGAAAGAGCUUCAUCUCAGCAAAGCACCUGAAGAUACAUCAGAAGAUCCACCAGAAGCUCUUCCUGUGCUCCUUCUGUGGAAAGAUGUUUUCACAGCUGGGUUAUCUGAAGGAGCACCAGAAGAUCCACACCGGAGAGAAAGCUCACGUGUGCUCGGUGUGCGGGAACAGCUUCUCCAGAGCCAAAUAUCUGAAGGAACAUCAGAAAGUCCAUACGGGAGAGAAACCCUACAAGUGCUCGCACUGCGACAAGAGUUUCAGUCAGUCGGGGAACCUGAAGAUCCACGAGAGAGUUCACACCGGAGAGAAACCGUACCGCUGCCCGCCGUGUGGAAGGAGCUUCAUCACCUCCAGCGCUCUGCUGUCGCACAGGAGAAACUGUCGCCAGAAGUUAUCAUAG